GCUUCAGCAGCACGGUCAGUUUUUUCCCACAAUGACGAACUCGCAACUCCACCAAGCAGCAGCUCAGCAGCAGCAGCAGCAGCAGCUUCAGCAGCAGCUGCAGAUGCUUCAGCAGAAACAGCAACUGCAGCUCCUUCAGCAACAGCAGCAGCAACAGCAACAGCUGCGAAUGCAACAACAGCUCGCACAAGCUCAGUCUACGGCAUGGAAUCCCGCGAAGGGACUUCUCCAAGUUGGCUCUCAAGAAGAGCUGCAAAAGCAGUUUCAAGGAUCUAUGGUCCCCGCCUGGCAGCAGCAGGCCGUUCCUGCAGGGAGCCUGGAGGCUUGGGCGAAGUCUACGGGAGCAGCCAACAUCGCUCCGCGUCCAGUUCAGAGCGCGUCUGCGCCUGGAUUCGCGUGGGGAGUCAAUCCUGAGAUGGAUCCGCACGGGGAGGAGGAUGAGGAAGAAAUGGAUGAGAAGAAGUACAAGCG